AUGGAACUUGAGAUCAGGCGCCGUGAGUCAACAGGAUCAGGGCCUAAUACAUAUGUUGAGACAGAGACCCUUGCAAAAUUUGAGUUGAUGGACGGUGCUCCUGUCAGAGAGGAUUAUCGCACUGAUGCAAUUACUGAUGGCUUAACAGGUGAAUCUAUUCCAAUUAGACUGUUCCUAAGUCCAUAUGAGUUGACACCCACAUAUCGCAACAUCAACAACAAAUUCAGUGUGAAGUACUUCUUGAAUCUUGUUCUAGUUGAUGAAGAAGAUAGACGGUAUUUUAAGCAGCAAGAAAUCACAGUUUAUCGGCUUCUUCCAACUCCUUGA